UGCAAAAGCAAUUGAUAACCAAAAAAGACAAAAUUCUAUGAAAAGUUUAUUUUUUUUUAAAACGUACCUACGACCGCGAUGAGUUCACUAUGCUCAGAGUUUAUAGAGCAGUUAAGUAAAUAGUACGUACAGACAUAAAAAUUGAAAUUUAAACAAACGAACGAACAUAUAAUUUAAACAAAAUGUUUAUUUUUUCCUAACUAAAUAACAAUUAAAAUACAUAAAUAAUUAAAUAAAUACAAUGAAAAAUUAAGUGAAAAAUAAAGAGAAUUAAUUUUAAUUUAAAACAAAUGAAUGAAAAACAAAGUUCAAAAUGUGGGUAAUUUUUUUAAUAUUGGGUUUAAUCAUCUUUCUAUUGAUUACCCUGUGCGCCAUUGGCUUAAAAUACAUACGUGACUAUUGGCAUUUCCUGGGAGUGCCUCAUGAUCAUCCCAAACCUUUGUUGGAUAUUGUAAAGACCUUGAGCAAGUAUGGCACCUGUAAACAGCUGAUGGAACAGCAUGAAUAUUUUCAAAAACUCUACAAAAGAUUCAAGGGAACAGGCCCUUAUUGUGGUUUCUAUCAUUUGCUGGAACCUCGUGUUUUGGUAUUGGAUCAAGAGCUAAUGCAGCAGAUAUUGGUAAAGAACUUUUCCAAUUUUAAUGAUCGUGGCUGUUAUCAUAAUAUGAAAAAAGAUCCCCUAUCGGCGGAUUUGUAUAGUUUGAGUGGUGAGCAGUGGAAAGAGAUGCGUUUAAAAUUGGAGCCAGUUUUUCAAAAAGCUUAUAUGAAAGCUUUUCAAGAGAGCAUACGCGAAGAGUGUGAAAAAACACUCUUAUUGUUUGAGCUAAAAAUGCAAGAAGAGAGCCAGCGUUGUGGCCACCGAGAAGUGGUCUUGGAUGUGCAACCUUUAAUGCAUCGUUUUAUUUUGGGCAACAUAGCCAAAAUGGUAUUUGGUUUGACACAUUCCCUGCAACAGAAAUAUCCUUUAGAUGAAUUUGAUGCCAUGACCCAGUUUGCCUUGCACACCCACAAACAUGGCACUUUCCUAACCACCAUCAUGCAACGUUAUCCCAAUUUGUUUCGUUCUUUUAACUACUCCACCACCAAGAAAAAGGUGCAAACCUAUUUUCUAGCCUUACUCAAUGAUGUCAUUAAUCAUCGCGAUAAAUGUGGUGACUACAAAGAUGACUAUCUACAAUUACUCAUCAAUAUCAUGACCCAAGAAAUGAGCACCCAUGAAACGGAGGUUCAUGCAGAUCCCAAAGAAUUGAAAGAGCAUUUGGUGGGGGAAUUGGCUGCCCAUGCUUUUACAUUUCUAAGGGCUGGCCUAGAUCCCACAACGAAAACUUUAACUUAUGCCUUGUAUGAAUUGGCCAGAGAUCCGGUUUUACAGCAAAGGGUCAGAGAAGAGGUGGUGAAUGCCUAUGAAGAGAAUGACGAGAGAUUUAGUUAUGAGUGCAUAAAUUCGUUGAAAUUUGUGGGACAAAUUAUUUCAGAAACCCUACGCCUACAUCCCGUCACACCCUACAUCAUGCGUCGCGCUCUCAACAACUACCAGUGCACCGAUCAUCCUCAAUAUCUGAUACGCAAAGACAUGUACGUCAUCAUACCCACCCAUGCCAUACACAAUGAUCCAGCUCUCUACACCCAACCGCACAGCUUCAAUCCCGAUCGUUUUUCCACUCUAGACAAUAAACGACGACAAUCUUGCCUGUGGCUGGGUUUCGGUGAAGGUCCACGCAAUUGCUUGGGUCUACACUUUGCCCAACUGCAAAUGCGAUCGAUGUUGGCGCAUCUAUUGCAAAAAUAUGAAUUUACCUUGGACACUCAACACUUGGUGGUGUGCUGUCAGGAGGGCGUGGCAUUGAGAGUAAAACCUCUCCAUGAGAGAUUUGAAUAUGUGGAAUAUGAGGGUAGAGAAUCGGCUGUGGUAAUCUAGAAAUAUUAUUUUUUUAGAUCUUCUAGUUAUUUUAGAACUUGCUUUAAACCAGUAUUUAUUUUUAAAGA